CACGGACGGUCCGGCGGGCCCGCGGCCGCCAUUGGCUCACGGCGCCAUCCGGGCACUCGGCGCGGCGCCGCCGCUCGGGCCCAUCGUCCCAAUAUGGCGGAGGCUUCCUUUGGGAGUUCGAGUCCAGGUUCGUCCUCGCCCACCUUCUGCAUCGGCACCCGGCCUGUCGCCCGCACGCCAUGCUCUCGUUGCUGCUCCUUCCCAAAUUUAUCCCCUCGUAGUUUUCCUAAGGCUUCGUGUGCACGCUGUUAACCGCCUGCCAGGUUUUUAAGAGGAGAUGUGCGCUACGGAAUCCUUCAUUUAAGUCCAGUUGCAGUUAGAAAUUGGCUCCUCGGAACCAAAAAUGAAGUCAGAGUUGUGUAGCACUUUUGAGGCAGCACCUCAGAUAGCUUGGAGAGAGACAGCUUCUCUUGUUGCUGAUAACUACAGGCUUGUCUAAAUUUUUUACUUCUUGGUAAUAACAGAAAAUGUUUAAAAUCAUAACAACAUAAAAAUUACUUACAGUAAUUUUUAAGGCUGUAACUAAAUGCUGUUAAGGUUCUUUGGACUAUGUUAUACAACCAAGCAUCAUUAACAUCAGCAGGGCUAUUCUCAAGUAUUUGGGGAACAUACUUGCUUCUAUGUAAAUGCAUUCUGCAGUGUUUGUCAUCAUCUUUAACUACUAUGAAAUUUGUUGAGUUUGUAUUUUUCAAUAUAGUUUUGAAUAUUUUAAAUGGGGUAUUGAACUUUCAGAACUACAGGAGAAGUGGGACUUUUUAAUUUAGAGUCUCUGGAACAGAACUUCCCCUUGAGUUCAAUGGAAAUUGGCUCUUUAUCAUCUGAGGAUCAUGACUUUGACCCAUCUGCUGAAAUGUUGGUACACGAUUAUGAUGAUGAGCGAACUCUUGAAGAAGAGGAAAUGAUGGAAGAAAGCAAAAAUUUCAGCUCUGAAAUUGAAGAUUUAGAAAAGGAAGGAAACAUGCCGUUGGAAGAUUUACUAGCAUUCUAUGGCUAUGAGCCCACGAUUCCAGUUAUGCCAGGUUCCAGUGCAAAUAGCUCUCCAAGUGAACUUGCAGAUGAACUUCCAGAUAUGACUCUAGAUAAAGAGGAAAUUGCUAAAGACCUCUUGUCGGGUGAUGAUGAAGAAACACAGUCCUCUGCUGAUGACUUGACACCAUCAGUUACUUCACAUGAGGCUACUGACUUCUUUCCUCGGCCCCUAAGAUCAAACACCACCUGUGAUGGAGAUAAGGAAUCUGAUGGUGAAGAUGUAGAGGCAGACAGUGGUAAUUCAUCUGAAGAUUUGAGAAAGGAAAUAAUGGUUGGUUCAGAGUACCAGGCUGAAAUUCCAGCUUACCUUGGCAGAUGCAGUGAUGAUGAAAAGGCUUAUGAAAAUGAAGACCAUUUACUUUGGAAACCUGAUGUGAUCUCAGAAAGUAAAGUUAAAGAAUACCUUUUUGAAACCUCCUUAAGAACAGGAAAUGAAAAAAUGAUUGGCAGGAUUCCUGAAGGACUACAUACACGGGACAAUGAACAAGCACUGUAUGAACUUCUUAAAAGCAGCCAUAAUGUUAAAGAAGCAAUUGAGAGAUACUGCUCAAAUGGAAAGGCAUCUCAGGAAGAGAUGACAGCAUGGACAGAAGAAGAAUGCAGAAGCUUUGAAAAUGCACUUCUGAUGUAUGGAAAAGACUUCCAUCUCAUACAGAAAAACAAGGUAAGAACCAGAACAGUUGCUGAGUGUGUGGCUUUCUACUACAUGUGGAAGAAGUCGGAACGUUAUGAUUACUUUGCUCAGCAGACACGAUUUGGAAAGAAGAAAUAUAACCAUCAUCCAGGAGUUACGGACUACAUGGAUCGUUUGGUAGAUGAAGCAGAAUCCCUUGGAGGAGCAGUGCAUUCUUCAGCCUUAACAUCUAAUAGUCGAACAGAAACCAUUCCUGACCAACAGCUAAGCAUUCUGAACUCUAUCACUGCCAAUGAGUUGACAGCACUGACAAACAGUGUAGCUACGGUCUGCCACACUUCAGAUGUGAACUGCCUGGAUGAUGCUUUUCCUCCCAUGGACAGCUUACCCCGAGCGCCAGUGAAUCAUGUGCCUGUUGGAACAGAAGAAUUGCUUAACUUGCCUAGCAAUGGUGAAAGUGAUUGUUUUAAUUUAUUUGAGACUGGCUUUUAUCACUCAGAGCUAAACCAAAUGAACAUGUGCAGUGAGGAGGCAGAAAGACCUGCGAAGAGAUUGAAAAUGGGGAUUUCUGUCCCAGAGUCUUUCAUGAAUGAUGUCUCUGUAAAUAACCUUGGUGUGGACUUUGAGAACCACACACACCACAUUACCAGUGCCAAAAUGGCUGUUUCAGUGGCUGACUUCAGCAGUUUAUCUGCAAAUGAGACAAAUGGUUUUAUCAAUACCCACUCUCUCCACCAACAUGCUGCCCUUCAUUCAGAAUGACUGUGGAAAACUAAACAGACAGUGGGUACUUUAUGCAGUAGUAGUAAACUUGAUGGGAGCUAUCAGGUUUGCUUAGUCUUUCACUGGAAGUUUGAACUUUAUGACAUCAGUGAUGUCUUUGUAUGUAUAGAACUAUAUCUUGAUUUAUCAAGAGUAAUUUCUUUUUUCAGUCCAUAAAUGUGGAAAUGUCAUAGGAUGUGUGGCAGAGUUUGGGACUAAGAGAACUCUGUGAUGCAGCUUUAAGCUCUGCUUCAGUUUUUUUUCCUAAAGCCUGUAGACGGAGGUCACCGUUUCAAAACCAGCACAGAAGUUCUGAACAGAUUGGAGUGGCUUUUUUAUUAAGUUACUUUUUGCCGUAAUGGAUGCAGUGGAAUAACAAUGUUUACAGGUACCGAUCCUGAUCCCUGCUCAAUGUAGCAUUUUUUUCCCCCCCUUAUAAAGGCAGGGAUGGGUUUGUUUAUUUUAAACUGCACAAACAUACAAGGAUGUUUUUUAAAUGGAACCUUCUCUCAUGUGAUACUAAACUAGAGCACUUCAGUUUACAAAGCAGCAAAUUCAUGUUGGUGGAAGCUAGCACAAGGGGACUUAAGAUGAGUAAAGUGAAGAUCUACACUUGAAUGCUGUUGCAAAAUUAAAGGUCAUGGCUACCUUACAGAGAAGUAAUCAUGCUGCCAUAGACGUCUGUGUACUUUAAACUUACUGGCUCAAACAGAUGAGUUUUAGGCUAUAUUGUAUUUGGAAGGUGUUUGUCCACAACUUUGGAGAGUAAUGCAAUCGUGUACCUUAACUUUCCUAAGGCAGCUGAUGUAUAACGCUACAGUCUGCACAGCUUAGGAUUUACCACUAAACAAUCUACAUUUGGAAGACAUCUUAAGUUGUUUGGAGCACUGCAGUUCUAAGUGUUAAUAGUUUUGAGGGACUAUCUAGUUUAUAUAGUAAUAGUAGAACCUUGAAGUACAUGCUUGAAAGUUUUUAUUGACCGUGGAUUGCAUUUAUUUGUUUUGGCAAGUCAUUGGCUUCAAAAUGGCACUUCACUUCUGUGGUCAAAUAGGAAAGGAUGAGUAUAAAUGCAUCCCAUAAAAGCAACUAUUUAACUUCAUUUAAUAGUGACAUUAACAUUUUUUUAUUUUGAACCUUGAGUGCAAUUUAGCCAUCCAGGAUGUUUGUCUUGCAAAUGUUUGUUCCAAUUGCUGCAGGAACCAAGCAUAGUAUUGGCUUGUAACAUGUUGUAGCAUACAACUUACAGGGUGUUCUAAUGAAAGCCUGAACCUCCCUUCAGUAGAUUGCUCCUGUCCCUCCAUACUUUCUCUUUGCACUGUUUGUAUUACAAGUUUAAUUGCCACUAUUUUGUUUUCAUUAUUCAAGCAAUUAAGUUUGCGUUGUUGAUAUUUUCAAUAGUUGCUUCAAGGUUGUGCUGAGUAAUUAGAAGGUAGUGACUUUAAUAUUUGAAAGGGAAGAGGGUAUUUAUUACGCAUACUGUGAACUGCAUUGAUAUCCCAAAUUUCAGAUGCAGCAUAUGGAGUUUUCUUUACAGCAUUGUAAUGAAGAUUGCUUUGAAGUGUUUAUGCAAUAGCACAUUUAUCAUAUUAAAAACAAAUUAGUUUAGCACAGUGGACAAAAGUAGAUAUGAUUUUGUAAUCAGUUCUUAACUUAAACAUCUGAAAUACAUAACUUUAGUAAGUACACAGUAAAUAAUGGGUAGCCUUGGCCCUGUGUUGUACUCUUGACAUUUUUAGCCAAGUUCUCAGCUUCUUACUGCUGUGUUUUGUGCUGAACUUUGUACCUUGUUUCCUUUGUUUAUGAAUCAGCCCAUUUUAAGUAAUUUUGUAGAAUUCUGGCCGUAAUUUCCCAUUGUUAUACAUUCAAGUUUAUCUAUGGGUUUACAGUGAGUGGCUGGUCUAUAUAAAAAUCAUACAAGGAUAACUGAAUGCUUAUACCAGUUGCACUUAAGUGAACUUGCCCAUUUUCAUUAGUUGAUGCAGUAAUAUACUCAGUUUAUCUAUGCAUUGCUGGGCUCUUAAAGUAGGCAGAGACUUGUCUAAGGUUUGGGUUGUCAGCAAGUUGAAUGGACACUUUAGUUAUUUAAUAAAGACUUUGACCAAAAUUCAGAAAAUGAUAUGAGAGAAAAAUGAUUUCCAGGUAGUCUAAUAUAAAUGCUGAUCUUAUUUAGCCUGUUGGCUAGCUAGCUGGUAUCGUUUACUUUUAAUUCCUUGUUAAAAUGAGGCAAUAAUUUGCAAGAUUUCGUAAAUAUGUAAAUUCUUCAUAUCUUUUUAGAUAUCUCUUUCAAUAUUUUCUGACUGCUUCUGUGUAUAGUAACAUUUUUGUGCAUGCUUGAUGUGACAUCCAUAAAUUUGUACCACUAUGACUUUAUCCAUGUAAAAUAGCUAUUUAUUGAACUUUACUUUUAAAAGCUGGACUUACUUUUUUUCUCUCGUUUUAAACAUUUAAAUGGAGAACUUGUUACUGUUUAUUAAAAGAAUUGUGUUUUGAAAGUCAGCAUGGAGAUAACUGAAUUGCAACCAUGUGAAGAAAUUACAAUGCCUUGGCUAUUACACAGUGAAGCACAAUUCUUGUAACAAACUGUGAUGAAUUCUUUGUCCUUUGCCACGUGUUUUCUUCAUACAAACAAACCAAAAAAUCCAUAAUGGGCAAUUGCAGUGUUGGUUAGAUGUAUUCUUUUUAUGUACAGGGAAUCUGAAGAGGGUAGCAGAUUCAUGUAGAAGUGUAACUGGUGCUGUGAUUAUAGCAAUACCACAGUUGGUCACACGUCAUCUUCCCAUGCUAGGUUCUUAAGUGUUUAGUCUUCCUCUUGUAAUGGUCAAACUGCUGAAUUUACUUGAAGGAUGUACAAUACUGUUUGAAGAAUAUGAAAUUGUGUACAAUUAGGUCAGUGAAUUGUGCAAUUGAAACUAAGAGGCAAAAAUAUAGGAAAACUUCAGUUCAAGUAGGACACAGUGAUACUACUUAAUUUAACCAAAGUCUCUAAUGAGUAUUUCAACUUUGAAUGUAAACUAAUGGAUAAACUGACCAACAGGGACGCUAUUUGCCCAGCAUUACAAGCACAUCAUCUACAGACAGGGAAACGAAAUACAGUAAUUUGUAAGAUAAUGACAAGGUUACUAUUUUUAUUAUUCCUAUUUUUCAUUGAAAGAAGGAGGAAGAUGCUAUCAAUUGUACAAUAAAGUAGGAAUGGUUAUAGUCUUCCUAAUAAAACAGAGAUUCCAGUUAUUCUCAGUUCAAAGUAACUACCCUGUGCAUAACAACAAAUCAAGUGACAAUCGGAACAUGUUUUAGUAUCAGAUGUUCAAGAGGAAGUCGCUGUUGUUGCAUUGGUUUUAAUAUUUGUACAUAAACACUGAUUUUUUUGAGCAUUAUUUUGUAUUUGUUGUACUUUAAUACCUGGUGUACAGUUCCAGAAAUAAAUGUCUGGAAACCUUUCUUUAUUUGUAAAGCUCUUCAUGCAUCUACACUGUGUUUGCUACUUCAUUUCCAGAGAUAUUUAGCAAUAACUCUGAAUGCACUUUUAAGAACUCUGCACAUGCUACCAUCUAUGUAGAGGUACACCGAGGAGUGAAAAAUGCAGCACGCAGUGAUGCAGGUAGCUAAUGAGUAAUGGUUUCCCUCAGACAUUUAAAACAUUAUGGCUAAAGUAUAGCAAAUAUCAGAUGGGACUUAAUUGUAGCUUCAAGGUAACACAUUGCAGCAGUGUCA